CCGUGCAGUGAGUCACACUUUCAUCACUCACACUCACACACACUGCGCUUUUAUAAGAGAGUGACGAGUGAAGGUUCACAUUUCCAUUCUCUCUCACACCACCGUUUUCUCUCUGGUUAGGGUUUCUCGUUCGUACUCUCUCUGCGUUCUCUUCUUCGGACAUGGAUCCAAAUGAACAUGAAAAUGGAAAUGGGAAUGGGAAUGGGAAUGAGGAUUUGAUGCCUCCGCCACCACCACCCCCCAUUGUCCCAGCUGAUGUGGAACCGGUCAAGGUUGACCUCCUUGACCUACCCCCUGAGCCGGUGAAGAAAAAACUACCUACCCGGCUUCCCAUUGCCAGGAAAGGUUUGGGUUCCAAAGGGACCAAGCUGCCCCUUCUCACAAAUCACUUUAAAGUCACUGUUGCUAACAGUGAUGGACAUUUCUUCCAGUACAGUGUGGCUCUUUCUUACGAGGAUGGGCGCCCUGUAGAAGGAAAGGGGGUUGGGCGAAAAGUGAUUGACAAGGUGCAGGAGACAUAUGGUUCUGAGUUGAAUGGGAAAGACUUUGCCUAUGAUGGGGAGAAGACUUUGUUUACCAUUGGUUCUCUUGCUCGGAACAAGCUUGAGUUUACAGUUGUUCUAGAGGAUGUUAUAUCUAACAGAAACAAUGGAAACUGCAGCCCUGAUGGUGCUAGUACAAAUGAUAGUGACAAGAAGAGAAUGAGACGGCCUUAUCAUUCCAAAACUUUCAAAGUUGAGAUUAGUUUUGCUGCGAAGAUUCCCCUGCAGGCAAUUGUCAAUGCCCUUCGUGGUCAGGAAUCUGAGAAUUAUCAGGAAGCUAUAAGAGUGCUUGAUAUUAUCCUGAGACAACAUGCUGCUAAGCAAGGCUGCUUGCUUGUGCGCCAGUCAUUCUUCCACAAUGAUCCAAAGAAUUAUGCAGAUGUUGGAGGUGGUGUCCUGGGAUGCAGAGGGUUCCAUUCCAGCUUUAGAACCACCCAAAGUGGUCUCUCCCUGAACAUAGAUGUCUCAACAACCAUGAUAAUUCAACCUGGGCCUGUGGUGGACUUCUUAAUUGCCAAUCAGAAUGUUAGAGAUCCUUUUUCACUUGACUGGGCAAAGGCCAAAAGGACUCUAAAAAAUCUGAGGAUUAAAGCCAGUCCAUCCAAUCAAGAGUACAAAAUCACAGGGCUUAGCGAACUACCAUGCAAAGAGCAGACUUUUACUAUGAAGAAAAAAGGUGGAAACAAUGGGGAGGAGGAUGCUACUGAGGAGGAGAUCACUGUUUAUGAGUAUUUUGUUAAUUAUCGAAAGAUAGAUCUCCGGUACUCUGCUGAUCUUCCAUGUAUAAAUGUGGGCAAGCCAAAACGCCCUACAUAUGUCCCUGUUGAGCUUUGCUCUUUGGUGUCCUUGCAACGUUAUACCAAAGCUUUAACCACACUUCAAAGGUCUUCACUAGUAGAGAAGUCCAGGCAGAAGCCCCUAGAGCGGAUGAAUGUAUUGAAUCAAGCUCUUAAAACCAGCAAUUAUGGCAAUGAACCCAUGCUUAAAAACUGUGGAAUUACAAUAGCUUCUGGUUUCACUCAAGUUGAGGGUCGAGUGCUGCAAGCUCCAAGGUUGAAAUUUGGCAAUGGAGAGGAUUUCAACCCGAGAAAUGGAAGAUGGAACUUAAACAACAAAAAAGUAGUCAGGCCGGCGAAGAUAGAACACUGGGCUGUGGUUAACUUUUCUGCUCGCUGUGAUGUACGAGGGCUUGUGAGGGAUUUGAUCAAAUGUGCACGAUUGAAAGGAAUUCCUAUAGAUGAACCUUAUGAAGAAAUAUUUGAAGAAAAUGGUCAGUUUAGGCGUGCCCCACCAUUGGUCAGAGUGGAGAAAAUGUUUGAGAGAAUCCAGAAGGAACUUCCUGGGGCACCUUCAUUCCUUCUUUGUCUUCUUCCUGAGCGGAAAAACUCGGAUCUUUAUGGUCCAUGGAAGAAGAAGAAUCUAGCUGAGUAUGGAAUUGUUACUCAGUGCAUAUCUCCUACCAGGGUCAACGAUCAAUAUCUCACAAAUGUUUUGAUGAAGAUAAAUGCUAAGCUCGGUGGGUUGAAUUCAGUGUUAGGUGUUGAAAUGAAUCCUUCCAUUCCUAUUGUUUCCAAAGUUCCUACCAUCAUUCUUGGUAUGGAUGUGUCUCAUGGCUCGCCAGGGCAAUCAGAUAUUCCUUCUAUUGCUGCAGUUGUCAGCUCCAGAGAAUGGCCUCUAAUCUCGAAGUAUAGGGCUUGUGUCCGUACCCAGUCUCCUAAGGUUGAGAUGAUUGAUAAUUUGUUCAAGCAAGUGUCUGAAAAGGAAGAUGAAGGAAUUAUAAGGGAACUUCUGAUUGAUUUUUAUUCAAGUUCUGGGAAGAGAAAACCCGAUAACAUAAUUAUCUUCAGGGAUGGGGUUAGCGAGUCCCAGUUCAAUCAAGUUUUGAACAUUGAACUAAAUCAAAUCAUUGAGGCCUGCAAGUUUCUGGAUGAAACUUGGAACCCCAAAUUCUUGGUGAUUGUUGCUCAGAAGAACCACCAUACAAAAUUCUUCCAGCCUGGUUCUCCCGACAAUGUGCCUCCUGGAACUGUUAUUGAUAAUAAAAUUUGUCAUCCUCGAAAUAAUGACUUCUAUAUGUGCGCACAUGCUGGAAUGAUUGGUACAAGCAGACCCACUCACUACCAUGUUCUGCUUGAUGAUAUUGGUUUUUCUCCUGAUGAGCUGCAAGAGCUGGUCCAUUCUCUGUCUUAUGUUUAUCAGAGGAGCACCACUGCCAUUUCUGUGGUUGCUCCAAUCUGCUAUGCUCAUCUUGCUGCAACACAGAUUGGGCAGUUUAUGAAGUUCGAGGACAAGUCUGAUACGUCUUCGAGCCAUGGGGGGCUUACUGCUGCUGGUGUUGCUCCUGUCGUCCCUCAGUUGCCUAAGUUGCAGGAUAGCGUCAGCAGUUCUAUGUUUUUCUGUUGAGGCUUCUCUGCUUCCUUUCUGUUGAGGCCUGUUUAUAAAACUGUUUGGAACUCUAGUUUGGUCAUGUAUCUAAACUGGACCUUGUUGGCCCUAGGUUGUUUAUUUUGGUUUGUUGAACUUGUUGCCAUAGCUUUUGCUCAUGCCACAGGCCAUUUUGCACAUGUCUUGGACCUAUCGAAUGUUAAUAUUUAAGAUGGUUUGCCUGCGGCUUUUCGAUGAUUA